CGCUUGAAAAAUAAUUGUUGACGCAGUCUGAGUUAACCUAAUCUCAGUUGACGCGAGUGAACGUAGUUUGAAGCUCUUUUGUUCGGAUUUGGAUGAAGAGAGAGAAAACAAGACAACAAAGUGAAAAGAAAGAUAGAAAAUCAGCGACUAGGCUAGGCCUAGGCUUAAUUAGGCCAGGGAACAGUGAAAUUAGGCUAGGCUUCUAGGCUAGCCGAUGAUUGUUAUUAAAUUUCGUACUGAUUUUCAGGUAAAAUGUGGAUAUGUCGUUGAAUAGUUGUGAUAUAACUGGUCGAGAGUCUAGCUUGAGUACGAGGAGUACAUCCAGAACAAAUACACCCAUCAAAAAAACAUACAAAUAUCGAAAAGUAGCAGAAGAAUCUCAAGUGGAUGAGACACUUUUCAAAACUUCUGCUGUAAAACUAACUAAAAAACCACAAGGUGAUGGGAAAAGGGACAACUUACACUCAACAUCGACGACAAAAACGCUUUCAAUUAAGACACCUCUAAAAGGAAUGCCACGGACAAGAAACCAAUACAGGAUUGUUAAACACUCUGAAUCGUAUGUUGAUGAGAGUCUAUUUGGACCUCCGUUACCGGCUCCCAGUUUUCCUGCACCUUGGGAAAAGAAAGAUAACUCUGUUAAGGGACAAACACUAAUAUGGAGUCCACCAGUAGCUGGAAGUAUGAGUGUGAUGCAAAAAUUGCCAGAAGUAGCAAGACCCAGGUCAUCAACAGGAGAUCGACCAUUUUCAGCUGGUGCAACACGACCCAGAUCUGCUAAUGGUUGUAGAAACCAGGAUACAAGCAACCAAAAGUAUAAUUCACCAAAACAACCAUGGAAGUAACUGUUGAUGAGUUUAUGUGUGGGGUGGAGGUGGGAUGUGUGUGUGUGAUAAGAAGCCUGCAGUUAUUUUAAACACUAAUAGGUGUGACUGUAUAUACUUUCGAUGAUCAAGAACAGUGCCCAUGAGUCUCCCCUACUUAGGGUAACUUUACUUACUGCAGGCCCCCUACUCUGAGAUCAAAUUAUUAAGCCAUUUUCAUACAGAACUACAUUACCGCAUUAUUGCGGGAUCUUCCCGGCAGUCCCUUCUGUACGAUAAUUAAAUUGGAAGUAAUGAACUACAAAAUAAUAAAAUUGGCCCUAUUAUCUUUAAAACUCAAUUAUGUGGUAUUAUUGGGGGUGGGGGUAGGGUGGGACUAUGCCUACAUCAAAACAGAGGAAACUGAAAUCCUCGGAAAUAUGAUAUAGCGUGUACAGUAUGUCAAUACACCAGUUAUACCAAAAUCUAGGCCUAUAGCAUAAUGGUUACAGGUAAACUUGCAUUUUUUUAUACAGUUGACAUAACCAAUUACAUGCCAAAGUUUGUAAUCCAUUCAUAGAGAAAGGCAUUAUAUUGCAGUAAUAGUACUGCAAUAUGUGUUUGGUAUAAAAAGGUGCAUGCUGGUAAGCAUAACAGCAUUGUUACCGCGAUAUUGCCAGCCUGUCUGUCUGAAAGUGGCUUUAGAGAAUUAGUGACUAAUUUUGCCUUAAAAUUUUAAUAGAUUCAUAAAUAUCAAGGUCAGUUAUUGGUCAUACAGUACAUGAUUGACUGAAGGACUGACUUACCAGUAAAUUUCAGUAAUUUACAUAUUUCAACAAUACAUUAUAUUAACAAACAUACAAAUAAUUAACCAUCAAGAAUCUUGAUACACAUUAUAUUCAAAUUAAAUUACCUUGAAUCAUUGAAUUAUUCAGAAGGUUACCUCACAGUGUUAGAAAUGUCUAUAAUCAGGGUGUUAUAUAGGUUUUUAUAUAAAUAAUUUAUAUAAUACCAUCUUUAUGAGCCAAAACAUUGGGCUUGGAUGAGGGAGAGGUGGAUAUUUAUUCAACCAACAAACAUCUUUGAUACACAUUCAAAUUACCUUGAAUCAUUGAAUUAUUCAGAAUUAGGCUUACCUAAUGGGAUUGUUUAAAAAUCAAGUUGUUAUAUAGGUUUUUAUGUAAAUAAUUUGUUAUACCACCAAUAAACUGGGGUUGGAUGAGGUAGAUGGGGACAUUUGUUCAACCACCAAAAUCUUUGAUGCACUUUGUAUUCAAAUUACCUUGAACCACUGGAUUAUUCAGGACUAGUGAGAAUAAUUUAGACAGCCAGAUAGGAUUUUUUUUGUAAAUAAGGGUGUUAUAUAUUUUAUACCAUAUUUUAUGAAUCUAUAUAAAUAGACACUUUAAAUUUAGAGGGGGAGGGACACAUUCGUAUAUUGUAUAUAGCUGUCAAACAGGGGGGGGGGGCAAUUGCCAGCAGGGCUUUUUAAACUGUUGUGAGUGUUAACAAGCAUUAUGCCCAGUCCUGAUGGUGCCAACUCUUUUCAGUCCACUUUUAAUUUUUUUAUGCCCAAAUUAUUGAGUUCUGGAAGGUUAAAAGGUCAUACAUGAUACUAGAAUUGACUAAAUAAGGUGUAAAUAUAUUUGUUUUAAUCUGUAAAUAUUAGUGUUAUGUGUUCAUUUUCUCAUGUGCUGUGCUCUCCUGUGGAGUUUAAGUUUUAUAAUUGUGGUUUUGUAAUGUUUAUUUACAUAAAAAUGAAUGCCAUUAAAUUUGUGUGUAGGAUAACCAAAAAUGCA